AUGGCAUCUAUAAAUGAACAACAACCUGUCGAUCUAAUCGCAUGUAUAUGGCAUAACAUCAAAACAUCACAGGCCAUUAACUUCUCUUCCUUUCCCCCCAUUGACUCCACCUUAACGUUGAUCCGUGCAUGGCUCAACAGCCAUUUUCCGUCCCAUCCUCACCUUCCCGAUGCUCUCACUACUAUUACCCUCCUUGAUUCCAUACCAUCAUCAGCCUUUCUCCGACGAAACAACAUCGAUCCCGACGAUGUCAUACGCCUCACAUGGUCCCUUGUAUCCACUCGUCCCUCCUCAUACGAAUUAUUCUUCGAAACACUUCUCGCCAUUCGUGAAAAUAAUUCUUCUCAAGCACACACUAUUCGCUUAAUUCAAUUAGCGUGGACACUAUCCCCCAUAUUAACCUCCACCACCACUGACUCUUCCACUAAUUCAUUACACAAACCAUCUGUUCAACCUCUUAUGUCUCUUGAUCUUCACCCCACACGGAAUGAAAACACAUCUCAUCAAGCUCUUGCACACCCUCUCCCUCUCAUGUCCCUUCCAUCGCCCACCAUCUCAUCAUAUUCCAUCAAACAUAACACCUCACAUCCGCAUCGUCAAUACCCACCAACUACCACACAUAAUCGACUAUCAACACGUCGCGCCCCAUAUCGGUUAACGUCACGUCCAAUAUCCAACAUACAUCAUCAACACCAUCCCGCCGAACAUCAACCUGCUCCAUCUACACAUCUUCCCUGCAUGGCCGCUUCACCAACGACGCAACUCAAUUCUUCUGGAUAUCCCGCACACAAUUCACCAUCAUUCGAGCUACCAUCAAGUUUCAACACCGAAAUGAUCGAAUUGUCGUGA